AUGACCUCAAAACACCCUGACGCCGGUCCCACCGACCUCCUCACCAAUGAAGGUGGUAAUCGAGCUGAGCGCAAGGACCAGGAUGAUGCCGCCUUACUGCGGACAAUGGGCUAUAAGCCGGUUCUUCAUCGGACUUACAAUUUGUUCGAGAAUUUUGCGACCACAUUCGCUGCUCUUUACUUUGUUGGUGGUGUUCGCGUUACUUUCAGUACUGGUAUCGCCGCCGGUGGAAACCUAGCCUAUUGGACUAGUUACCUAAUAACCAUGGUGUUCACCUUCAUCACUGCUGCUGUUAUUGCCGAAGUUUGUUCGGCUUCUCCGUCCGCCGGGUCGAUCUAUUUAUGGGCCGCCGAAGCUGGUGGGCCUAGAUUUGGCCGGCUCCUUGGCUUUAUCGUCGCUUGGUGGAGUACGACGGCUUGGACGACCUUCUGUGCAAGCAAUACCCAGGCUGCGACGAACUAUAUGCUUUCGGAAAUAACUGUAUUUAACCUCGACUUCCCCUCAGACACAAGCAGUGUCAAAUUCCGCUCGGUCCAGUGGAUCUGCACUGAGGUUUUGCUUGCUCUGGCUGCGCUGUUGAACUUUUUGCCUCCUCGAUACUUCAGAUAUGUCUUCUGGUGGUCCUCCGCAAUCGUGAUGCUCGACUUUGUACUGAACCUUAUCUGGCUGCCCAUUGGCACCGCUCAAACCUGGGGAUUCCGUACCACCCACGAGGCCUUCAUGACCACGUACAACGGUACCGGAGCCCCGGCUGGCUGGAACUGGUGUCUUUCGUAUCUUGCUACCGCUGGUAUUCUGAUUGGAUUCGAUGCCUCGGGUCACGUUGCGGAAGAAACCAAGAAUGCCUCCGUCACAGCUGCUCGUGGUAUCUUCUGGAGUACCGUUGCCAGUGGGUUCGGUGGUUUGGCUACGAUUAUUCUCUUCUUGUUCUGCGCGCCUGAUACCGACACACUAAUGAGCUUCGGCUCCCCCCAACCCUUUGUGCCUCUUUAUGCUGUUGUUCUAGGCAAGCGUGCCCAUAUCUUCAUGAACAUCAUUUGCAUUUUCGCUUUAUGGCUGAACACCGCAAUUGCCAUCAUCGCUGCCUCUCGCCUUGUCUUUGCCGUUGCCCGUGAUGGUGUGCUCCCCUUCUCAGGUUGGGUCUCUCGUGUAAAGAACGGCCAGCCACGGAACGCAGUUAUUGUUGUCUGGGCUGUCGCCGCCCUGGUCACUUGCACCCUUCUUCCGUCCGCCACGGCUUUUACUUCUCUCGUCUCGGCAGCCGGUGUCCCCAGCGCUGCUGCUUACGGUCUGAUCUGUUUAGGUCGACUGGUAUGCACCCCAAAACGGUUCCCAAAGCCGCAGUGGAGUCUCGGUCGCUGGAGUAAGCCGUUCCAGUUUAUUGGUGUCUUCUGGAACGGCUGGGUUGUUGCUGUCCUGUUCUCGCCCUACGUGUUCCCAGUCACUGGCGAGAACUUGAAUUAUGCCCCCAUUAUCAUGGCUGGAGUCACCAUCUUGGCAUUGGUCUCCUACUUCAUGAUGCCUGAGAGUGCCUGGCUUCCUCGAGAACGCAUCAGUCACUUCAUUGAUAGCAAGGGCGCUACUGAGACUGUGGAAGAAGUUGACUCGAAUGACCACGGUGAAUCGAGCACUCAAUGA